GUUGAUGUUUGUGUGGUGGUGGAGAUGGAGGAGACUGUGAGAGUUUCUUCCAAACCUGACGUUGAUCUCUGUCCCCCUCUCAUUACUAUAAAAAAAGGUAAGGGAGAAAAUAAUGAUGAGUACUUCAUCCAGCUUAACCCCUCCUGGGUUCCAGGUGAGGCCUCAUUGCAAAGUCCUGAGCUGGUGAGGAGCAACCCCAGGCAGCAGUGCAUGCUCGGGGCUGACCAGCUGGAAAGCAGCUUGGCAGAAAAGGACCUGGGGGGUCCUAGUGGACACCAAGUUGGAGAUGAGCCAGCAAUGGGCCCUUGUGGCAAGAAGGCUGAUGAUACCAUGGGCUGGAGGAGUGUUGUCAGCAGGUUAAGGGAAGUGAUCCAUCCUCUUUUCUCAGCACUGUCUCUGCAAGUAGCAAGUUUGUCAGAAAUGCAUGAGACUGAUGAUGAGAAUUUAGAUAAAGAAGUAACAGAAGAGGAAUACCUGGAUGACAAUAACACAGAAAGUAAGCAUCGUAGAUGUGGAGGGGACCUGAAGACAAGAAGCAGUGAGCUAGGAUCUGCUGUCACAGGAUCAUCUUUGACUGCUGUUCUUCCGACAACUGGUAAGAAAAGUAUAGUACUUUCCAGUGAAACUAGGAAAGAACUAGCCAAACAAGCCAAAGUCACCAAAGAGGAGAGAAGAGCUCAGAUAGAUGAAAGACACAAGUAUAUGAUAUCAAGAUUAGCAGAUGGGAUAGGCUUAAGUGAGCAGCAAGUGGAGGCCGCCAUUAUUUCUGAUGACGAGUUUCAACUUAUAGAACAAUUUUUCGCCCCUAAUGGACUUAAAAAGUUGCUCUUCUUUUACCAAGAUGUAUUGCAGCAGAAGUCGAAUGCAUCAUUGAGGUCAGAUGGCUCAACAAACAGUUUGCUUCAGAAGAAGUUAUUUAUUACCACAGGUUCUACUGAGAACUUUAUAGGAACUUGUGCAUUUUUCCUAAGGACAUCAGAUAAAGUUAUAACUGCAUCAAACGUUUCCCAGGAGGUGAAUUUUGGCACAUUUGAUUGUACUAAUGGAAAUAUCCUUCAGGGCCUGGAAUUUUUCUUGUCCCAAAUCAUGAUACCAGCACUUAAAUCCCAACAGAACUGGGGAGCUGUGAAAGAAGGCUUGAAGAACAGCCAGAUACAAGACUUUCUGUAUUUGGUGGAUAAAUUUGUGGAUACUUUGUCAUCAUCAAGACAGAAUAUAGAAGAUAAAAUUCAGCUCACAAAAGUUGAUAUUGAUAUUUAUGUCAGCAAUUUACAGAGCCCAUCUGACUACAUAACUGCAGGCAGUAACACAGAGGUCACUGAGAAACUUGAAGAAGUGGUCAUGAUUUGGAUCAAACAGAUCAGACAAGUCUUAGUGGAGAGUGAACAAAUGAGAAGAGAAGCUGAUGACAUUGGUCCAUCUGCAGAGCUGGAACACUGGAAGACAAGAAUGUCAUCAUUUAAUAGCCUUUUAGAUGAGAUCAAGAGUUCAAGAGUAAAGAAAAUUAUAAGUAUUCUUCAGGCAGCAAGAUCAAAGACAUUAAAGCAGUGGAAAGAGCUGGAUGGUAAUAUAACAAAUGCUGCCAAUGCAGCUAAAGACAACGUGAGAUAUUUAUAUACAUUGGAUAAAUUUUUUGGUCCGCUUGCCAAAGCUUCACCUGUAACAAUGAUGGAACACAUACCCAGUUUAAUGAAUACUGUCUGUAUGAUAUACACUACAUCACCAUACUACAACACAUCAGAGUGCAUGACAUCUCUUCUUCUUAAAAUCACUAAUCAAAUGAUUAACACAUGCAAGACGUAUCUAUGUGAAGGUGUUUCAAAAAUAUGGGAUCUGGACAGGCAAGAAUUGCUAAAGAGGGUACAACAAUGCAUUUCCCUCAAAGAACAGUACCAAACAUCCUUUCAGAGAAUUAGGGAGGAGCUAAAGGAAAAUCCAAGUGAGAGGCAAUUUGAUUUCAGUGAAAACUAUAUAUUUGGAAAAUUUGAUACAUUCUGUAAACGUUUGGAGAAGAUUUCAGAUAUGAGCAAUAUUAUGGAAAGCCUUUUAGAGCUUCAGCAUAUAAAAAUAGAAGGUAUUGAAGAGAUCAGUACUCAUUACCAAAGCAUUGCUACAAACACCAAAUCCAAACAGUAUGAUGUUCUGGAUCACAGAAAAAAAGAGUUUGAAAGAGAUUACCUUGAAUUUAAGAACCAAAUUGCAGCAUUGUAUGAGUCCAUACAAGAAUUUGUGGAUUCCUGGUUUGAGAGGACCAUAACUACUGAACAGAUGCUGGGACUUCUGAUGAAGCUUGAACAAAUAGGAGAAAAUCAUAUUGAUCUUAAUGAGAAGUAUACCAUUGUUCUUCAGCAGUACAGCCAAGACUUAGAGUUUGUUCGGAAACUCUACCAGAAGCAAAAAGAAAAUCCGCCUAUACCACGUAAUAUACCACCAGUAACAGGGAAGAUUAUGUGGGCUCAGCAGUUAUACAGAAAAAUUGAGCAUCCAAUGACAUUCCUUAAAAAGAAAACCACACUUUUGAAGACACUGGAAAUGAAAAAGGUCAUUAAAAGCUACAAUAAAAUGGCUGCAGUUCUUUUGGAAUUUGAACUUAUUUAUCAUAGAGCCUGGUGCAGGUUUGCUGACCAGGCUAGAAGUGCUCUGUGUGCUUCCUUACUUGUAAGGCACCCAGAAACCAAGGAAUUACUUGUAAACUUGGAUCCUGUGGUCCUGGAAGUACUUUACGAAACAAAAUACCUGAAAAAAAUGGAUUUUGAAGUUCCAGAUGUUGUCCUUGACUUGUGUGCAGAUGAAGAACAGAUUAAAAGACAUCAAAUGGAACUCCAGAAUCUGUUGAUCAAUUACAAAGAGCAUCUGAAUGGGAUUCCUGUUAUGCUGAAACCACUGAUGAAACCAUUCAUAGGACAAGUUGAGGAUGCCUUUACUCCAGGCCUGAUGCAGCUGUCAUGGACUUCUUUGAACAUCAAUAAAUUUAUUGAGAAUGUUUAUUGUACCCUGAGGGAGUUGGACUAUGUUGUCAAAGAAGCAGCUGAUACUCUGGAGUGCAGAAUUGAAAGAAUUCUGGAGGAUAUGUCGAACACUGCUCUGAUAAUUUUGCCAGAAGAUGAACCUAUGGAUAUGCUUUCUUUCCUGGAACAGACAGAAAAGCUUGCUAUCUCUACUGCUCACAAACUGUCUCAACAGAGUCAGCAAGUGGAAUGCUCUGUGUACGAACUGGUAGAUAUACUUAAGCACCGGCUGAAAGCACAUGCCGGGAGAAGUCCAGAGGAUUCAUAUGCCUGUACAAAUCUCGACAUGAAACAGAAAACACGCUGCCAAGAAUGUCUGUCCUGUACUUAUUAUAAUCUGAUGGGACAACUUUGUCAGAAGAAUACUGACUCUUUGGUCAGAUGUACAAAGAUUUCUCUGGAGUCCUUAAGACAUCGAUUGUGUGUUAUUGACUCGAGGUAUCAGAUGACCAAGUUUGUAGAGACACAGAGGGUUCCUUUGUUCAAAGCUGAAAUUCAACUGGCUAUUCCAAAUAUUGUCUUGAAACCAAGUCUUGAAGAUAUUCAGAGUGCUGUAAACAAAGCAGUAAAUAUCAUAUUAUCAAUAGCCAAAGAUAUCCCUCUAUGGAAAUUUGCUCACUUACAUCAUAAACAGCAGCAGAUUGAACAAGCUGUUGCUGUAGAGCUAGGUGAUGAGAGCAAACUCACCAGGAUGGUGGCACUGAAACCUUUAAACAAACAGAUCAUCGAGCAUAAGGAUGUAAAUAAAGUGGUAAUCCAACUAAAUACAAUUAUUUUGUCUCUCAAAACUGAAGCAUCGGAUCUUCUGAACAGCUUUUCUGAAUUUUCAGGCAUCUGGAACAAGGAUCCAGAGGAAAAUGUGAAUGAAUUUAUAGAUACUAAACCAACAAUGGCUGAAUUCCAAACUCAAAUCAGAUACUUUUCUCAAUUAGAAAUGCAAAUCAGAGAGCUGCCAAAUCACUGUGUACUGGAAUCAGUGGAUAUUGCAACAGAGCCGUUGAAAAUAGCCUUAAUUCAGGAAUUCCGCUCAAGACAAAGAACGUUUGGAUUAGCUUUGAAUAAAAAGUCUGCAACAGACAUGGAUGAGAUUUAUUCAUUCAUUGAAAAUAUUAGCAAGAGAUUAAGCAGACCUAUCCGUGACCUUGACAAUGUACGGGGAGCAAUGGAAACACUAAAGGAAAUUCGAGAGAAUGAGAUUAAAAUUGACAUGAUAGUUGGACCUAUAGAAGAAUCUUAUUCUGUGCUUCAUAAAUACAAUCUGCUCUUUCAAGAUGGAAAUACAGAAAGAGUUGAUGGAUUGGCUUAUGCCUGGAAGAACCUAAACACACAGGCACUUCGGGUUGAGGACUUGCUGCUGAAGGUACAGCCAGACAUGAAAACAGAUUUACUGAGUGGUGUUCAAAAAUUCCAGAUCGAUACAGCAGAAUUUUGCAAAGAUUAUGAUGAAAAGGGCCCCAGUGAGGAGAAUGUUCCUCCCCGUGAAGCAAGUGACAGAUUACAGAUCUUUCAAGCCAAAUUUGAUGAACUAUGGAGGAAGUAUAUCUCUCUCUCUGGUGGAGAAGAAUUAUUUGGUCUUCCUAUCACAGAGUAUCCUGAACUGAACAAAAUUAAACGUGAACUUUCAUUGCUUCAGAGACUUUACAGUCUUUAUAAUUCAGUUACUGCUAGUAUUGAUGGAUACAAUGAAAUGCUUUGGAGUGAUUUAAAUAUUGAAAAAAUUAACAGUGAACUUCUGGAUUUUCAAAACAGAAUCCGUAAAUUGCCGAAAGCAUUGAAGGAAUGGCAAGCUUUUCAAGAUCUAAAAAAAAAAAUUGAUGACUUCACAGAGAGCUGUCCUUUGCUUGAAAUGAUGGCAAACAAAGCAAUGAUGUCACGACACUGGGAAAGAAUUGCACAAAUAACUGGGCAUCACUUUGAUGUUGACUCUGAAAAUUUCUCCUUGAAAAACAUAAUGGAUGCCUCUUUAUUAAAAUAUAAAGAAGAUAUUGAGGAUAUCUGCAUAAGUGCUGUUAAAGAAAAGGAUAUUGAAGCAAAAUUGAAGCACGUCAUCAAUGAAUGGAGUACUCAUGCUUUCAGUUUUGGCCAAUUCAAAACUCGAGGAGAACUUCUUCUGAAAGGAUCGGAUAUAUUGGAGAAAAUAGCUUUGGUGGAAGACAGCCUCAUGAUAUUGGGGUCGCUCAUGAGCAACAGGUAUAACACACCAUUUAAGUCCACUAUACAACAGUGGGUUCAGAAGUUGACCAAUACUGCAGAGAUAAUUGAAAACUGGAUUACUGUACAAAACCUCUGGAUUUACCUUGAAGCUGUGUUUGUUGGUGGAGACAUUGCAAAACAACUACCUCAAGAAGCCAAAAGGUUUCAGAACAUUGAUAAAUCAUGGCAGAGAAUUAUGCAGAGAGCCCAUGAAACAUCAAACAUCGUGCAGUGCUGUGUUGGAGAUGAGACUUUGGCGCAGCUAUUACCACAUUUGCUGGAACAAUUGGAAAUCUGUCAGAAAUCACUGACUGGGUAUUUGGAAAAAAAACGGUUAAUAUUUCCAAGAUUUUUUUUUGUAUCUGACCCUGCUCUUCUGGAAAUCCUUGGUCAAGCAUCUGAUUCCCACACUAUUCAGGCACAUUUAUUAAGUUUAUUUGACAAUGUUAACCGAGUGGGAUUUCAUGAAAAAAACUACGACCAGAUUUUAUUGUUUGAAUCUCAAGAAGGAGAACAGGUCAAUAUUAUUGAACCAGUUUUAGCUCAGGGCAAUGUGGAAUUCUGGUUAGGUCAGCUGCUGAAUGGGAUUAGGAAAACAAUCCACACCAUCAUUAGACAGGCAUCAAUGGCCAUUAGCGAUUCAGGAUUUAAACUGUAUGACUUUCAGGCAAUGUUUCCUGCACAAAUAGGACUUCUGGGAAUUCAAAUGAUCUGGACCAGAGAUGCAGAGAAUGCACUGAAGAGUACCAAAACAGACAAAAAGGUAAUGCACACAACAAAUCAGAAGUUUUUGGAACUUUUAAAUGAUUUGAUUGACAUGACAACACACAAUCUGACAAGAAUGGAGCGCACAAAAUACGAAACUUUAAUCACCAUUCAUGUGCACCAGAAGGAUAUCUUUGAUGAUUUGGUCCGUAUGAACAUUAAAUCUCCAUCUGAUUUUGAAUGGCAAAAACAGUCUCGAUUUUAUUUUCUUGAAGACUUGGAUAAAUGCAUUGUCCAAAUCACUGAUGUAGAGUUCACCUACUGCAAUGAAUACUUAGGGUGUACAGACAGGCUUGUUAUAACUCCCUUAACUGACAGGUGUUACAUCACUUUGGCGCAAGCCCUGGGCAUGAGUAUGGGUGGUGCACCAGCAGGACCUGCAGGGACAGGGAAAACAGAGACAACUAAAGACAUGGGCAAAUGCCUGGGAAAGUAUGUUGUUGUUUUCAAUUGUUCAGACCAAAUGGACUACAGAGGACUUGGCCGUAUCUAUAAAG